CACCACAACACCUACCUACCUAGCAAGAAGGUCAGCAAGUAAGAGAUACCUCGUGCCGACUUGUUCUCCCUUCUUGGUUUCUUUCCAUGGAGGAGCAAGGCCAGAGGGAGAUCCAGCUCCAGCUGCUGCUGCUCCCCGCGCCGGCAGGCCGAGCCCUCUGCGACAACGUGCCAGCGGCGCCACCCAGCGACGCGGACCACCCGCAGCUGGACCUCGACCUGUCCAUCAGCAUCGGGCCGAGGCCGAGGCCGCACCCGGCCGUGGCGCCACCGCCGCCGCCAGCGCCGCCGCCGCGGGGGUCUCCACUCGCGAACGAGAACAGGAGAGCGUCGGGGGUGAUGAUGGCGGCGGCGGCGGCCGGCGCGAGGCAGCAGCAGCAGCAGCAGAAGCACCAGCAGCAGGCGGCGGCCGACGCGCGCGCGGUGAAGCAGCAGGCGGCGGAGCAGGCCCGGAUGGCGUGCGCCGAGCGCGCCUACGCGGAGCGCGUCCGGGAGCUGGCGCGGCGGGAGCUGGAGCUCGCGGAGCGGGAGUUCGCGCGCGCCAGGGCGAUCUGGGAGCGCGCCCGCGAGGAGGUGGAGCGGGUGGAGCACAUGAAGCAGAUCGCGGCGAGGCAGCUCGUCGGCUCGGCGGCGUCGUCCGCGGCGGCGCUGGAGAUCACCUGCCACGCCUGCAUGCAGCGCUUCCACCCCUAGUCCUAGCACGCUGCGCUCGGUACCUGUAUGUGAUGCGCAGCUGGUUGGCGAUCGAUCUCGACAGCUGCUACUAUUGUUGUAACUCUUUCUCCAUAGCUUUUAGCUCUUGUGAAUUAAUGCCAUGCCGCCAUGUUACUUCAGCGUCA